AUGGCAACGUACCUGUUGAAGUCAUUCGGGAAUUCUGUUGCCAAAUGCCUCAAGCGAGCCUCGAAUUGCAACGGAUUCGGAAAUAUCAGAGCUAAUUUUCAUUCCACGCCGAGGAAUUUGCAAACAAUUUGUUCCGAACGUCCAGCUUACAUCACGCGAUUGGCUCUGCCGCCCGACUACGACAACGUGGUGGACUUCAUGUGCGACGUGUACUAUAAACACGAACCAACAAUCGUGAACAUGGGUCUGGCCGGCACAGAGGCUCCUCUGGUCUGGAGGAAAAUGAUGGACGAUCUAGUGAGAUGCGGAUUGUCGUUCAUCGCGGAGAAUCGUGAACAUUGUAUCAUCGGCGCUGCACUGAACUCUCCGACGACCCCGCAAGAGAUACAAAUGUUGUGCAAUUUAGCGAAAUGCUGCCAAACCGAGCCCAUUAGUAAAGUAAUCGAGUUCUAUGCAUACGUGCUGGAUUCAGCGAGGGUCUGGGAACGUUACUGUGUCCACAACGUCUUCGAGCAGUCCAGUUUGGCUAUAAGCGAGGAGUAUCGCGGUUUAGGGAUCGCCCAGAGGCUUAUACACGAAAGUUGGAUCCUGGCGCGUGAUUGCGGUUAUCGGUUGUUUCGAAUGGACUGUAACAACAGCUACUGCGCGAGAAUAUGCCGUGGUUUCGGAUGGGAGGAAGUUUGGAGGAUACCAUUCAGCCAGUAUGUGAGCAACGGUGAGGUAGUCUUCAAGUGCAUCAAGGAACCGCACACCGAUUGUCAAGUGUUCGUUGAUCGCUUGAGAUAUUGCAAAACCUUCCUUCUCCCUUAUAAGAAGUGCAAACGAGUCACGCCACCUCCGGCUUGA